ACAAAGAAUUGAAUAAGCGAAGGAAAGAAGCCAUGGGGACACUUCUUCUUCACACAUACAAGCACAUGUCAUGCAUAACCUUCAACCGUGUCUUUGCACUUAUUUACACUUGUGCCAUCCUUGCCCUAAUCUACCACCAUAUCCUCACCCUCCUCCUCCUCCACUCCACCACCUUCAUCUCCAUCGUCACCACCACAUCCCUCUUGAUCUCUGACCUCAUCCUCGGCGUCGCAUGGGCCACCACCACUUCCUUCCGCCUCCGCCCCAUUCUCCGAAAAGCUUACCCGGAAAACCUAGAGAAAGUCAUGGACAUAAAAGAUUUUCCUGCCAUGGACAUAUUCAUAUGCACCGCGGAUCCGUUUAAAGAGCCGCCGAUGAACGUUGUCAACACCGCGUUGUCUCUUAUGGCUUACGACUACCCACCGGAGAAGAUGUCGGUGUAUGUUUCGGAUGAUGGUGGCUCUGAGCUUACUCUUUUUGCUUUCAUGGAGGCAGCAAAGUUUGCAAAGAUUUGGCUCCCAUUUUGUAGGGAACAUAACAUCAUGGACAGAUGUCCGGAAGUAUAUUUCAGGUCUGACCCCCAUGGAAGUGAUGAUGAGCUUCAGAUAAUUGAGGAAAUUAAGGCAAUGUACGAGAACAUGAAAAUAAGAGUGGAGAAUGUUGUGGAAAGAGGUGAGGUAUGCCCGUAUUACAUUACCAACGAAUUACAACGUCAAGCUUUCAAUCAGUAUCGAACACCAGGGUUUACUCGUGCAAACCAUCCAACCAUUAUUCAGGUACUGAUAGAGAGUGCAAAAGAAAAGGACCAGAAUGGGCAAUCAAUGCCUAAUCUGAUUUAUGUAUCGAGACAAAAAAACAAAAACGCCCCACACAACUUCAAAGCUGGUGCUCUCAAUUCAUUGCUUCGAGUAUCAAGUAUUAUGACCAAUGCUCCAAUAGUUCUAACUCAAGAUUGUGACAUGUGUUCGAAUGAUCCUCAAACACCUAAGAGGGCGUUGUGUUAUAUCUUAGACCCAUCAGGUCAACCCGAGUUAGGAUACGUACAGUUUCCUCAACGCUUUUCUGGGCUCAACAAAGAUGACAUUUAUGGUGGUGAGGUCUUGCGUUUAUUUUUAGCCAACCCGGUUGGGAUGGAUGGGUUACAAGGCCCUCAUUAUGUUGGUACCGGGUGCUUCUUCCUUCGACGUGCUUUCUUUGGUGGGCCCACAUCAAUGGUGCCACCAGAAAGACAAGAACUAAGACCGGACCAUGUGGUGGAGAAGCCCAUUACCGCACAACCAAUUAUCGAGUUAGCACAUUAUGUGGCUAGAUGCAACUAUGAAAACAACACCAAGUGGGGAUUCCAAAUAGGAUUUCGGUAUGGGUCUCUUGUGGAGGACUAUUUCACCGGAUAUAAAUUGCAAUGUGAAGGAUGGAAGUCUAUCUUUUGUCAUCCAAGUAGGCCAGCAUUUUUAGGCGAUGCUCCUUUCUCUCUUAUUGAUUCCAUGAGUCAAAGUAAGAGAUGGGCUAUUGGGCAUCUUGAGGUUUUCUUCUCAAGAUAUAUGCCAAUGUUUUUUGGAGCCCGAUACAUGGGCAUUGUUAUGGGCUUAUGUUAUGCCCAUAAUGCUUUUUGGCCCAUAUGGUCAAUUCCCAUCACAAUAUACUCUUUCCUCCCUCAACUUGCCCUUUUGAAUGGAUUUUACAUCUUCCCAAAGGUGACAGAUUGGUGGUUUUUGUUGUAUGUUUUUCUAUUUCUUGGAGCAUACGCGCAAGAUUGUUAUGACUUCAUCUUAUUCGGUAGUACUUAUAAAAGAUGGUGGAAUGAUCAAAGGAUGUGGAUAAUAAAGGGACUUUCACCCUACGUAUUUGCAUUUGUCGAGUACACCAGCAAGCGUUUAGGGAUAGCUACAGAAGGGUUCAAUGUGACAAGCAAAGUCCAAGAUGAUGAACAAAGCAAGCGAUAUGAUCAAGGUCUUAUGGAGUUUGGGGUUCACUCACCAAUGUUUAUACCUUUGGCAACUGCGUCCAUUGUCAACCUAUUCGCGUUGAUUAUUGGGAUAAUACGGAUGUCGAGCAUUUGGAGUUUGGAUACGUUGUUUGUGCAAUUGUUUAUAGCUAGUUUUGGAGUAUUGAAUAGUUGGCCCGUUUAUGAAGCCAUGGUACUGAGGAAGGAUAAAGGCCGGAUGCAUGUUAAGACCAUCGUUAUAUCGAUAUGUUUAGCAUCUGCUUUAUGUGUUGGAGCUUCUCUCGCACUAUAAAUUCGAUGUGGUGAAAUUAUCUACAAGGUGUGCUAGAUAUUCACAUACUUGUAGAUGAUUGUAUUCAAGCACAAUAUGAUGACUUCCAUCAUAAUGUAUUGUAUAAGUGUAUAACUUCUAUUAGAGUAUUUAUAAGUCAUUUUGUAA